AUGAUUUUUUCUCCUGUAGUGAUGGAAGAAGAUGAUGAUUCAGAUUUUAACGUGAUAAAGCCAACCCUCUUGCAACAGUUGAAGACCAUUCUUGAUCAAUACCCUGAUGAUGGGCAGAUACUGAAGGUAAGACUUGUUUAAGUAAAUACAGGCAUCAAGGGGACAUGUCAUAGGAAGAAUAAGGAUGUAAAUGCAAGUAAGGAAGUAUGUCUGUUAUUCGGAAUACGGACGAAAAGCGAAGUUGCUGCCGAUUUUUUUUCCGGUAAAGGUUCACAUCGUCCCUUUUUAUUGGUUUUGGUUUUUGGUUUUGUUUUGUUGUUUUCUCGUUGAGAGUGAUAACAAAGCCAGGUUUGCAAAGUUGCAGUCGAUAUGUUUCCAUGUCGUACUUUCCGACUAUUUUCGCAGGAUAUGUUAUGGUUGUGCAUGGGUUCUAUGCCGAAUAACCUCAAAGCUAUGUUUGCUAUUUUGAGGCUGCAACACUUAAUGGAUAGAACCAUCACCCAAGUUACAUUUGCUCUAAGGCUGCGCACCAUACAAUCUUUGUAUUUUACUAAAGCUAAGCUAUUCAUUGAAAAAGGUGUAGACAUGUAGUUCGAGUUUGUUCGAUCCCUGUCAAAGUAAAAUAUAGGGAACAUAAAAAAUUGUCUCAUAAAAGUGAUACUGUUUUUUUUCGUGUGAAUGUUUGUUUUUUUUUAUUUACUCAAUUUAAUUAAAUUAUUAUUUAUUAAAUUUAAUUUCACCAUUGUUUAAGAACAGUAUAUGAAGUAAAAAUGAAGGAAAAAACAAAAUAAUUUACAAGUACCUUGAACUAAUUGCAGACAAAAGGGGAACCGGGAGAAGGAAUGCCGAGAAUAUCGAUGUUACAAAAUGCCUUGUCACUAGCUGUGUGGAGUUUGAGACAAUUAAGACUCAAUUAAACCUUGUUUAAUAUGUUUUUAGUGAAAAUUAUUAGUAAUAAAACUAUUCUGUUGAGAAACCCAAUAAAUUGCAGUUCUCCGGUGAAACAAUUUGCCUGACUGCUAAUCAAAAUACUGCUAGGAUCCAAAGUUAAUGUUAUAAAGUGUGGCGUUCCAUUUUACGUGCUGUACUGUAAUUUAGUAGCUCAAAGUUAAACGAGCCAGUUAUUUGAUAAGUCAACAAUGAUUGUUUUAACAGGAGCUUAUUCAAAACGCUGAAGAUGCAGGUGCAACUGGAGUUAAGUUCCUUUAUGACAAAAACAGCUACUCGGCAGAGAAACUCUAUAACACAAGUCUGGCAAAGUUUCAAGUAAGUUUCACAAUCAUAAUUUGACACUGGGUGUAAAAUAAGGUUGCUCUAAUCAGUUGUAACCUUGCGUGCUGGCAGAGGGUGUUGUAACCAUCAAGGUUUCGUGAUGAGAAAGAGAGAGUGGGAGUAACAGGUUAACAUGGGAAAGGGGGUAGGGCGGUUUCGUUAUCUAUUAUUUUUUGAUGGUGGACAAAGGGCAUAUUAUAUACUAUAUUCCAAAUGUUAGUUAAUUUCUUUCCACCAUGUCAAUUGGCCCUCUUUCCAAAUUGUUUUGAAUUCUAUGGAUGCGAUCGAGGCAAGGAGGGCUAACUAAUAUUUAUAGAAACUUUUUAUUUGAAAACAGGGUCCAGCGCUUUAUGCCUAUAACGAUGCUCAGUUCACCAAAGACGAUUGGGAAGGUAUCAGGAAGAUAUAUGACAGCAAUAAAGUUAAAGAUCCUAUGAAAGUUGGUCGGUUUGGCCUGGGAUUUAAGUCAGUAUUUCACUUGACAGGUAGGCGAAUCACGAUUAAACCAUGCGGAAAAACCGGGGACUGAGAACAUCCUCCGUUCACAAGAGGAUUACUGUUACGAGUAUAUAGGUCAAUUCUUUGCUGAAAGCAUGACUUAGUGCCUUAAACCAUACACAAAAUGCUCCUUUUGCGUUGCGAAGAAGAUAUCAAGCAAAAUAAAUGGAAUCAGGGAGCACUUACCAUAAUAUCUUCCUUUAGUUAUUUUUGCAGUCAUAGCAUCAAAACUAGGCUGGCCCAACUUUUUCAAGUUUCAAUCCACAUGCAUCCAUCUUCGCAAUUCUCUGUCAUGGUUAGAAAAAAAUUUUACACUUCACUUUUCCAAUGGACAAGUGAGGUUCUAGUUGUACUUGUCCAAAGCUCAGGUCUAAUUUCAUUGCAUGUCAAGUUAAAUCAAAUUAAAGUUCUAAUGAUGCAUGGAACUCAGAUAAAACAUACAGCAUUUUAAGUGUCAAUAAUAUACUCAUACAAGUAAUUAUAUGCUUAUAUACUGUGUUUUCGUUUGCAUCAUGUACUACCCGGCAGGGGAAGGUUUCUUCCAAGAAACCUGAAACUUUCGAACUCAUACCGUUGGGCUGUCACAACUAUGUUUCUUCUCAAUCACGCCAGUGUUUUCUCAGGAAGAAUUUCCUUUCCUCUUCAGCUGCUUCACUGGUGCACCAAAAUAGCCUGCACGAGCUAAUGGUUACCAAGAGGGUCUAUUAUAAAUGCAAAAGUCGAUCCCCCAAGGGUACUAAGCCCCUUUCAGAGCGCAAUGAACCAAAAUGGCGGGUAGAUCGUAAGUCACCUGCACCAGUGCUGCACUCUUGUGAAAACCUGGCUGUAUACUUUACUGAAACUUGUUGAAAACACCGUGUAAUUUAAUUUUUAUUUUUUAAGGAGGAUGACCUACUUGUCCACUGAUCAAAAUCACUUGUCUUGGGCAAGAGGACCCCGUUUUUGUCGCACCCUGGGCUGUAACAGAAUGCCUAAGUACAGUCCUAAAUAACAAAACUGGACCAUUUUUGUGGAUUUCAAUUGAUGCGAAAAACGUUUUAGCUUUUUAAAAACGGAUAGCAAAUAGCGUGGCAUAGACCUUUUCUAAUUAUAAGGGGCCAUUUACUAAAUGGUUUUACUGUAGCUGGGAUAACACAAAAUAACAAAAACAAACCAAAAAGCUCUACCAAAUCCGGGUGUUAGAUUAUACAGCAAUUCUUGUAGAAACUCAGAGAGGUUAAAGUUUGCAGUGUAAGGUUUUCAAAUCUUGUCAGUUGCUCGUUUUCGUUGUUUUCUCCUAAUGAAGUAUAAAUUAGUUUGAGCAAUAUUAGGCCAAGUGCUUUUGAGGUAACAGUAUGGAAGUCAUGAUCACUUAAAGGUCUGUGUGAUUCUACUUGCGCAAUCAAUCGUCGGCCACGCUUGUAAAUUAGCCUCCUGGUUCGUCUCUUGUCAGUUCUGAUUCUAAACCUUGUUAUUGUACAUUUAAAGUGCGUUUUUUUCGGAAGAAUCCAGAAACGGAUAUGUGAUCUCAGAUCAUAUGGAUUCUUCACGACCAAAAAAAGAUCUAAAAACGGAUCAUUUACCGUGCUAACGGCAUGUCCUCCUGCUUCUCGUGAUGAGAAAAAUAGAGGGAAAAAGCAAGAAACAAUGUGGGCCUUUUUUUGAUCCUCGCAGCGAAGAAAAGAAGGAAAAGCAAACUAAACUACGAAUGAAUGUGCGAAAUGUAUAUAUUUGGGUUUGAAACACAAACGUUUCUCGAAUAGAAUGCACCUUAGCCUGCGAACUGCAGACGCAUCUCUGGUCGUCGCUUCUCUCCCUCCGAAAAAUAACGUCUGCGAACACGAGCGACGAAACGAUUUCCGUAACGUAGAAACUUUUGUUUUGAUGUUCGCCAAUCAGAUCAAAGGUUAGAAUACAGCUCGAGUGACUCAUCGCGACCUCGCGCGCUGGCAUGUCUUACGAUUUGGAACGUGAAUUUCACAACUAUAACGACGUUUCCUGCGACGUUGAAUGCUGACUUCUUUGUGAAGCAACGGCUUCUUAAGCUAUGUAUGUGUUGUGGGCCUUUGCUUUCGCUUUAAAAAAUACGGUGGUACGUGACAUAACAAAACGUGGACAAAAUAACUCCCUACAGCGAAAGGAAAAUAACAUAGCUUAAGGUGGCUCGACUGGAUUUUUUUAGGGGGAUACCUCCCAAGUUUGAGCAUUAACUACGUCGGCAUGAGUAAAGAUAUGGAUAAAAGGUUACGACAACUUUAUUAAAUAAAGAUGAAAAUUUCUUAUCAUCUGGUAGCCUGCGUAGCAAACGUUUCCAAUCGAGUUAUUGGGCGAAAGUUAGAGCGGAAGCAAAAAAAAGGUUGAAGGGGGAGGGGAAGGGGAGAAGAGGAAACGCUUGCCCGCAAACCCCACGAUUCUGGAAAACGCCCCUUGAUAUUUCACGGUUCGGUUCAUUUGUAAAUUGACAGCUCGUCAAAAUAGAAACAUAACGAACAGAUUACCCCUGGAUUACCAGAUUUGUAAAAUUACCUUGUUGUCUAAUAGAACACGUUGCAGGCGAUUGCAAGAACUGUAAUAAAAAAGAUUUACGAUAAAAGAAAGUUAAAACUAUGAGCGAUUGCUGCAGAAUUUCUUGUUUUUUAUUGUGUGGCUUUAUCUCGUCUGAAACCUUGUCGACACGUCAAAAAUGCCAAGUUUGUCCGGAACAAUUCACUCCGCCGGGCACACGUUUUGCAGAGCGGCUGCUCCGUUCAGCCUGUGUCGAAACGUUCUCUACAAUAGAUGCCGCUAAAUUUCCAAUAAACAAAAGGAAUCUUUUCAUUUCAAAAAAGCUGACAAAUCGCUUGUCCAUGGCGGCUUUAGCUAGUGUCGAGUACCGAUGUUCUGAUUUAUGUUGAUGUUAUCCCCAGCAAACAGUCCAUUUUUGCCAGUCAGAUCUGCACGCCGUCAUUCUCAAUAAAUUGGCCUUCCCUAGUCUCCACUGCUCGAUCUCCAAUUAUACUUUGAAGACUCUGAUCUCAUAAACCUUCGCACAAACACGAUUCCAAUAAAUAUCAGUCCAAAGCAUUUGUAAUCUGCGACCACAAAUCAGGUGAGACCAGAUCUGUGAUGCAGCUUUUAAUGGAAUCAAACCACUAUGAGAUGAAGCCGCGUUCCCAAAGCUUAUCAUUUUCUUAAAAUAUUGGCGAAUUGUGCGGCUAGCAUGCUAUUUCACUGUUUUUAUGAUUCUUAAAACUGCAUUUCAGAAUAUUUCGAAAACGCUCUCAAAGAAUUUCUUCAAACUUUGCCAUAAUGGAGGCAAUUAUGGUAGGUACAUACUCCCUCAAGCGAUUUCCUCAAAAAACUCCUGGUACAGAAAAACACAACGAUAAAUGAAAAACGGAAUGACGUCAUUACGUUGCCAUGGCGACUCCAAUUGGAAUAAAACCCAGAUCAUUAGCCUGCGUAGCAAGCGUUUCCUCGCGAGGUUCGUCUAGAAAGCUGGGACAAGAGCAAAAAAAAACAUAAAUGAAGGGGGACGGGGAGGGGAACGAAGGAACCGCUUGCCCGCAAACCCCACGAUUUUGAAAAACUGCGUUCGCCCACGAACGCAGCUUCUGAUUUGCGCGAUGCGGGUAGUGUUGAUUACUUAGCAUUCGAAACAUCAUACAAAAAAAGAGGGGAAUUGCUCUGGGCGAUCGCGAGUAACAAGGAUUUUAUUAACUUGCAUUCAGAUGCUUUUGAUACAGUUUUUGGACGUAAUUUGGUCCAUGUCUAAAAAUUUCGCAUUCUUCCAAAAACCGCUUGAUAAAUGUCUUUAUAAAUUCGACAAUUCCGAGAUCAAUCGUCAAGAAAUAUUCCCUGCAAGUUUUAAGAACAUUGAAAACAGGGAAGGCUUUUAAAUAGGGCCUCAAAUGUGGCCAAUUCCCCCCCCCAGAUUUUGUGUUUACAAGCGAACGUCCUCAUUAUUCACUGGCAUUGUUUUCAAGUUCCAUAUACACGUGCACAUUUAACAAAAAGAUAGAAUUUGCAUCAAAAAGGACCCUCGGUUAAAUCUCCGGGAUAUGCUAAUUACCGCGUAAAGAGAUUAGUGAUACAUUAUAACAUCAGAGCAACUGUUUGUGAGAGUUUCUGUGAUGUUAUAACCCAAGUAAGAUAAUUAAGUAUUGCAUCCUACACGAUGAGCCGUGACGUUCACCUUUUCGGCUCUCACUGCUAUCUGUGACGACAAGCCAAUUAUUAGCAUAUUCCGAAUAUUUCUUUGUAAAGUAAUCGAGAGUUCUUUUUGAUGCAAAUUUAUAUCUUUUGCUAGUUGUGCACGUGCAUAAGAACUGGAAAACAAUGCCAGGGAAUAAUGAGGUAGCUCACUUGUAAACACAAAAUCUGGGGAGAAAAUUGGUUAUGUUUUAGGCCCUAUUCAAAAGCCUUCCCUGUUUUCAAUGUUCUUGAAACUUGCAGGGAAUAUUUCUUAACAACUGAUCUCGGAAUUGUCGAAUUUAUAAAAAAAUUUAUCGAGCGGUUUUUGGAAAAAUGCGACAUUUUUAGGCAUGGACCAAAUUACGUCCAAAAACUGUAUCAAAAGCAGCUGAAUGCAAGUUAAUAAAAUUCUUCUUACUCGCGAUCGCCCAGAGCAAUUCCCCUCUUUUUUUGUAUGCAGUUUUCAAUGGAAUCAAACCACUAUCAGAUGAAGCCGCGAUUCCAAAGCUUAUCAUUUUCUUGAAAUAUUAGCGAAUUGUGCGGCUAGCAUGCUAUUUCACUGCUUUGAUGAUUCUUAAACCUGCAUUUCAGAAUAUUUCGAAAACGCUCUCAUAGAAUUUCUUCAAACUUUGCCAUAAUGGAGGCAAUUAUGGCAGGUACAUACUCCCUUAAGCGAUUUCCUCAAAAAACUUCAGGUACAGAGAAACACAACGAUAAAUGAAAAACGUAAUGGCGUCAUUACGUUGCCAUGGCGACUCCGAUUGCAAUAAAACCAAGAUCAUAAGAAAUUUUCAUCUGUAUAUAAUAAAGUUGUGGUAACCUUUUUUCCAUAUCUUUACUCAUGCCGACGUAGUUAAUGCUCAAACUUGGGAGGUAUCAACCCCAAAAAAUCCAGUCGAGCCACCUUAAUUACAUCUCGCUAAGACCCGUGAUUUAUUUCCAUUUAACCAGUGCUGACAAAAGGUGGUGAAUCGAUUGUACAGACACUUCCUUGAGUGAUUCAGAAAUCUCUGACAAUCGCUCGUAAAUAAUUCAAAAUCCUACAAGUCUCGCCACAAAACAAUGUUCUGAAAUAUUAUAAACCUGGGCCGGACCCAGCGUGAAAUAAAUAUUUACAGCAGUAAAUUGAUCAUAGUCAAGAUGACAUUUCUGCUAGGGUGCUUCGACUCCUCUUAUAAAGAACUGGAAAUAAAAACCUUGAAAAGAACAUAUAUUUAAAGAAAUAUAAGAACAAAUAUAAAAUGCUUUCGAUCUGAUCAAUGUACAUUCUGUCUGAACCAAGGAGCAACCAGGCAUUGAAAAUCAUGCAAUUACCACAUGUCCUAGCUUUCAAAGAUAAAGGAUACUAAAAAAUCAUCUAAAGCGGCACACGACAAACUAUGAAAGAGCUCUCCAAAGCAUACUUUCCUGCGAGGAACCAGAAAGGAGCAGAAGCAACACACGGCAUGCGUCUACUGUCAUUAGGACAUUUAUCGUUUCGGAUAUGAUCAAACAACAAGGUGUGAUAAAUCAUUGACUCCGCAGGCAAAUAGAUGAAAAAUUUCCCCAAAUCUUUUCUUCAAUUUGAAUCCUCUUGGUGCUUAUUUCAUUAAUCAGUCCCACGAUCCGUAAACGCGUCGUUCUGAGGGAAAAAAAAAUACGUCUGCGGUUCCCAGGCUAAAAAAAGGGCGGCUGUACACACGCUCAGUAUGGCCUGCGAGAGCAUCCGGUUUUUUCGGCUCUAGUUUGUUGGUUCCACAGAAGAAUACACAGUAGACAAAGCCCGAAAUACUACAGACUUUCCGAAACCAGUGGAAGAUUGACGAAAACAUCGCUCUUUGAUUCAACAAGUCCCAAGGCUUCCUCUUGAUGCUUGUUGAGUCUUUCAGACUCAAAAACUUCCCAUUCUUUCCUCAACGCAUAUUCAGCCAUAUUUUCCCACGCGUUUGCGUAAGAUCCACGCAAAAACUCGCGCGUUACUUCUUCGAAUAUGCAAGGUGAAUUGUGAUUGGUCACUAACAGCUGACGUCACGGAGAUUUUUUCUCGGCUCGUUGUCGCAAAAAAAACUAAACUAAAAACUAAAGCUGAAAUAACCGGAUGCUCUCGCAGGCUAAGUGCACGUUAGGACAGUAAAAUUAUGAAAACGUUGUCACUGUAAUUUUGUAAUUUGACUUGUGAAAUUAUAUACUUAUUCUGAAAUUUUGUGCCGAAAUUAAGGAGUAAUUUGUCACCCAUGAACAGAUAUAAAGUAUUCAAUUUAAUCCUUCGUUCAUACGCUUUGCACGCAUCUGUAUGCUUAUCAGCAACCUUCGGUCUUAACCAAUUCAGAGAAUAUGGCUUUUUAUUGAUUAAGUCAGCAAUUUAAUGCCUUAUGUCUAAUAUGUUCCAUCGUCAUAGAUUUACCAAGCAUCCUCAGCAACAGUCAAAUUGGUUUUAUCGACCCACACGAAAUGCACUUUGGUGAUUCCCGAACAGGAUUCCUGUGGCGUUUAAAGAAACAAAAAGAAGAAAUGGACCAAAUUCCAGAUCAGUUUCAUCCUUUCAAAGGAGUAUUCGACUGCGAUGACGGCGUCUUUACACAAGGGUUUUACAACGGGACGUUGUUUCGUUUUCCCUUGAGGGACUUCGCCUCCAGCUUAUCGGAGACAUUGUAUUCUGACGAAAAGAUGCAGAGUUUAUUUGGCAGUUUCAUUGCUGACGCUCACCUCGUACUCCUGUUUCUGCGAAAUCUGGAAAAAAUUGAACUUUACAUACGAGAGAAAUUUGAGUCUGAACCAAAAAUAAUUUUUCAUGCAAAGAUCACCGAGGAAAGUCUGGAACUGGUUCGGAGCAAAAGGAAAGAGUUCCAAAACCAAAUCGAACAAGGUAAACACAUGCAAGAGCCUGUCGCCGUUACUUAUCCAAUCACAAUCGAGACACAGACAGUUGGCGGCGUACGAAAACACUCCUUCCUCACCACCAACUACUGCUGCGGAGUUGACGUCUCACCUGAUUUUGAAAAGCUCCUGACAGAUAAAGAACUCAGCUAUUUACCGUCCGUUGGUGUUGCUAUGACACUACGAAGUGACGUGCUAGCCCCUCCCAUUGAAGGCCAUGUGUUUUGCGCUCUACCUUUGCCGGUACAAAAGAACAGCAUGACAGGUUUGCCAGUUCAUGUGAAUGGAUUCUUUGCAUUAAACCAGAACCGACAUUACAUUAAAACGCCAAAUGCAGAUGAAGACGACCGGGAUAAGCUUACGGACAAGAAACAGUUGCUGUGGAAUCGAUGUCUGAUGGAGGAAGCGUUGCCAAAAGCUUACGUGAUGAUGAUAACAGAAGCCAUCAACACAUUCAAAGUUCAGCCAAACGCAGUCUACAGGUAAUUAAUUAAGUUUUUCUAAUUUUAUUAUCUGUAGCAUAAAACGUCCCCGAAUACAAGAGACCGGAAAUGUCUUAAGUUUUAGUUUAUUUGAAACGUUACUCUUGUCAAGCAAGACGGAAUCCAUUAGUAAAUUGAGUACUUUUAAUUUUCAGUGGACAAAAACCUUGCACCAGAAUAUUUUAAGCCAUAUCGCAUUCUUUUUUACACUUUGCAAGGGCUAUAGAUGUACUUAGUUAUCUGUAAUAACACCAAAGACAAUUUCUCACGGGAGCGCAAGAAAAUAAAUUUCAAAUUUCACAGGAACUGAGAAAACACAGGUAAAAUCGUCAUGCGUAUGAUUUCAUUCUGUGAAAUUUGAGGGUUUUUUUAUUUUUUAUUUUUUUGGGCUCCAAUAAGAACCUCUUCUUCGGAGUUAUUUCACAAAACGUAUUACAUUUUUAGCCCUUGAAAAGUGUGAAAAAAAUGCAAUAUGCUUGAAAUUAUUCUGGUACAAGGUUUUUGUCCACUGCAAUUUUAAAUUGCUCAAUCUCGUAAUGGAUUUUGUCUUAAUACGUUAACGUUGAUACUGCUACUUGAGACACAAGACCCUUUAAGUCUGAGCAACUGAAAAAAACCCUGAGGGUUUCAGCCGAUCAAUCCGGACUGAUCUGUUCUGUUUGUCUUUAUACUCAGCUGCAAAGAAAAAUUGAUUAUUUAUUCUUUCACGGAUAAACUACAACCUCUUUAAGAAUUGUGGUGGGUAAAUUAAUCGGAAAUUGACACUGAUAUUUCCUGAUGAAAUUCUUCUUUUUACAGAGCAUGGCCAAAUAUAUUCAAAAUUGAUCAAGCUUGGUUAAGCGUGCAAAAACCUUUCUUUGAGAAGCUGGUUCGUGAGAAUGUGAUUGCUACUCAUUGCGGCAGGUGGUUGAAAGUUGAGGACGUUCUCUUUGACAGUCUUGAUGAUAGGGAGCCGAGAGAUUUGCUUCUGAAAGCAUUGAUUGACGCCAAUCAAAAUGUCGCUAGCCUGCCCGAACAUGUGUUGAAAUCCAUUAAACACUAUAGACCGGCUAUCACAGAGAUCACUCCUUCAUUAGUGAGGCACGUGUUUAAAGCCUCACCAUCCUGUUACAGGUUUCUAAAUCGGGAGGAGAAGUUGUUUCUUUUGAAAUAUGUCCUCGAAUGUGAACAAAACAACUUUGUGGACCUGAUUGGUUUGGAGCUUCUACCUACUGCCAGUGGGACCUUCAUACCCUUUUCAGAUUGCGGUGAUAAUGUUUACAUCUGUACUUUAGAGCAUCCACUGCAACUCCUACCGGGAAUGAGAAAUUGGUUGUUAGACCCAACAAUUGACAAGAAUCUUCAAGCAGAUUUUGAGGAGAUCGCAGGACAAGGUAAGUCAAUAGAACGAUCAUCAAGCAUCAAGGCCUGAAAUAACUGGCCGGCACUCGCCGGAUACCUUUUCCGGUCAAACGUAUUUUUGUUCAACAGACAUGACCGGUACUUGGCCGGUCAGAUAUUGUAAAGUAAUAGUUUAUCAGUAGAAACAUUUGUUUACGAAUGGACAGGAAUGAUAUUUUAAGGAGAAGACUAAAAUGAUAUUGAAAAACGAGCCUAUGGAAAACGGUACGUUACCAGUACUUCUUACGUUCGAGUGUGGACUAUGAAUUUAUGAAGAAGCCCUGAGGAGAUAGGACUAAUCAGGUACAACGAAAUUAAAAUAGAGACAAGGUAGAGUAAGGGUUCUUUUAAGAUGGCUGAACGUAGUUUGGUAGAUGGUGAGUAGUUAUGAAAUUCAUUAGGGUGUUGUUUAAAACUUGUUGCCAGUAUAAGAUUUAAAUUUGGCGCGGGCCAAUAUGAGAGAUUACGUUCACUUGAUUAGUUUUAUGGUAAGAUUUCGAUCAUUGCCAUGGAUGAUUUAUAACAAACCACAGAUUUUGAAUUAAAGUGGGUAUACGCAAAAUCCUGUCAUAAGAUUUCGCUAGGAAAGCUUCGAGGCUUCUUCAGUAUUUUUCUUUAGAUCAUGUGAGACUUGUUAUUUCAAACAAAUUUCGUCAGGGGAAAUUCUUAGCACGUCAACUGUCUCAGAGAAAUUGUGUUCCUUCACCUAAAGCUAAAUUUCAGGUGGUCACUUUGUUCACAGGGUGUACUCAACUACGACGCCUUUGCAAAGAAGAAAUACCUGCUCUGCUUAAGAAGUCGUUACCUUCUGACUGGUUUAGUGGACACAUGGUUCAGUGGUUCCCCGGCAAGGACUUAAAUCAUCCCCCGAAGCGCUGGCUCGAAUCUUUAUGGAUAUAUUUACGUGAUCACUUUAAAGAAGACCUGAGUACGUUUGAAAACCUUCCUUUGAUCCCACUGGACUUGUCCAAAGUCCCCAUAACGUUAACAAAGUUAACAAACCCAUCAAGAGUUGUUGCCAAGAGACUGAAAAAUGACCGCCUAGAUGGAAAGUUGAGCGAAGUGUUGAACGAACUCGGGGUAAUACUCAUUAAAGAGUGUCCUACUUUUUUGCUGAGUCAUCCAGCCGUUCUGGAAACAUUUGUUCAUCCACCGCGUGUACAUAGCGUUUUAAAGGCUAUGGAAGCUUCUUCUUCGUUCUUGGGGGACGGCCCCGGCAUGCAUUCAGCCAUCAUGCUAGACAAGGCGAAAGACGAGAGCAAACGCUUCUUGAGAAAAUUUAUUUCUAAAACACCAUCCCUUACCCCGGAGGAAAAGUCUUACGUUUCUUGCCUUCCCAUUUUUGAGACACUGACAAAGGGUUUCGUGUCAAAGAGACAUGGCUUGGGAUCAGCACCAGAUGAUCCGAUUCCAGUAGCUCUAAAUGGAGAUUUCAUUGACGUCAGUGAUAAAGAUUCCAAGGACAUGGCCGGCCUGCUAGAGAUCGGAAUUCCAUCGCUAACUGAAUUUGUGUGCGAUAAAAUUUUUCCUGAUGUGGGAAGAAGGUGCUAUUCAGAAGAAGACAUUGAUAAACUUAUGUCCUUCGUAAUAGAAAGGUAUCAUGUUCAUCUAAAGGCCGAUGAUAAAUUUGAAGAGACCAUGAAAGCCCUCCCAUUUGUUCCAACCAACAGUGGACGAGUCGUAGCAGAAGGCAUCUUUGAUCCCAGGGAAGCCCUAUUGCAGGACAUUUUCGCUGAUGAAGAUGUGUUUCCUGUUAGAGAACCUUAUUUAAACCCUGAAUUCCUGGUGAUUCUAGAGAAACUUGGCAUGAAGAGCGAGAAAGAAAUCUCUGUCAAUGACCUCCUAAAAAGUGCAAAGAAAGUAACUGAAGUGUCCAACUCUGUUAAAGCGAGGCAAAAAUCAGAAGCCAUAAUGGCUUACUUAGAGAAAAAUCCUAGGAAACUCAAGGAAACUUUUUCUGGAAAAGACUUGGGAUCACUGCUGUGUGAUAUAAAAUGGGUGUCUGCCCUGAGAGAAAAGCCUCAUGGCUUUCCAAAAACCCUACAUCUCUGCGGAGAAACUGCCAAAGAAGCCUGUUUCUACAGGCCACCAGAAGUCACAAGUGAAGACAAAGUGAACCUUAUUGGAACGGUGAUGCCCAUUGUUAAAGUACAGAGUCAAUUGGCUGAAGAUUUCGGCUGGGACAAGAUGCCCCGUGCCUCGGACGUCGUGAAGCAUUUAAAAACAGUAUCACACCAUUACACCGAGAAUGAUAAAGCCCAGUAUAUUGAAAUGGUAAAGGAAAUAUACUCCUUUCUUGACCAGUCUAAAGACGCUGAUGUAGAGGUGGCCAUGCAGGAAAUUGAGCAUUCAAAGUGGAUAUGGAAUGGAGACGGCUUUUCCUCUUCUAAGACCAUACUUACUCAUAAACCUCCAAUUGACCUAUUGCCAUAUAUUCGCUCCCUUCCUUCAGAAGUGAAACAAUUCUCAAGGCUUUUCACAACGUUUGGCAUGCAAGAGCGUUGUGAACCUUUGUCCCUUCUUCAGGUCCUUCACCAGAUAAAAGAGAAGUAUCUUGAUGAUGACCGUCGCUUUUCUCACUCAGAAGUAAAGAAAGAUUUGCAGAUAUCGGUUGACAUUCUAAAUGAGAUCAAGCCAGAUGUUGGCAAACAGCUGCCUUCACACCUUCAGGAGAAAGUUCUCAUACCUACACACGUAGAAGGCGAUUCCUGUGUCAGGCUAGUCAAAGUUGAAGAUUGCAUGUACUGUGAACACGAAUGGCUUGAAAGAGGCAACCUUGACGAAGAAGUGGAUUAUUUGUAUGUCCAUCCAAAUGUCCCAAAUAGUACUGCAGAACUUUUACAAGUUCCCACUCUAACUAAUCGAAUGCUCAAACCCGAUGAGAUGCAAAUAGGAGAUGAAUUUGGACAAGAAGAGAAAUUAACAGACAGACUUCGCCGACUUUUGGAAGAAUACACAGAUGGAUUUUCCGUACUUAAAGAGCUCAUUCAAAACGCGGACGAUGCCGGUGCUACUGAAGUUAAAUUUCUCUACGAUAAGAGAAACAAUAAAGAUGCACAAACCUGUUUGAUUGACGAAGGGAUGAGAGAAUGUCAAGGUCCUGCUUUGUGGGUUUACAACGACGCGGAGUUUCGUGAUGAGGAUUUUACUAACAUUACUAAACUGAAUGGACGUACCAAAGAAACCAAAACUGAGAAAAUUGGCAAAUUUGGACUAGGUUUCAACGCAGUGUAUAACCUGACAGACGUUCCAAUGUUCCUUAGCAAAAACUAUUUUGUCAUCUUUGAUCCCAGCACCCUCCAUCUGGGCAAAGCGAUAAGGAACAAAAGCAAACCGGGGAUGAAGAUCGACGUCAAUAAAAACACGAAGAGGCUACGAAAUUUCAAGAACCAGUUUAAGCCCUUCAAUGGCAUUUUCGGAUGUGAUUUGCUUCUCGAGAAAGAAGACAACUCGUUUAAUGGAACACUUUUUCGAUUUCCGUUGAGGACGAGACAACAAGCCGCAAAAAGUGAGAUAAAAAAUCUUCAUUAUAACGAUGAGGAAAUGCGUCAGCUGUUGAAAACCUUUUACGAAAGGAGAGACGUUUUGCUUCUGUUCACACAGAACGUAAUCCGUGUUGGCCUUUACAGCUUGCCUAGUUCGUCACGUCAAAAUCCACAACCAAAAAUGUUGUUUCAGGUCACCAAAUCCCUAAGAGAAGGUGGAAUACUGAGGGAAUUGUCCCUUCCUGUCACGUUACCUCAUACUGCAAGAAAACUGGAGGCAGAGCAUCAGAAGUUAUUGGAACAAACUAGUUUUCUUCAAGCGGCGUCCAUUGUUAAAAGAAAGGCAAAGGGUUGCAAAGUUUCUCUAAAGGAAUCUUGUGUGUCUUCAAUUGCUGUGGACGUUGAAUGCCACCUCACCAAUUGUGGAGCAAGCUUUUUCAAAACUAAGGAGGCCUCACAAGAGUCUUGCACUUGGCUGGUGGUAUCCUCAAUUGGGAAAGGCGAAGCAAUGGAGUUUGCACGAAAAGAUCCUAGCCUUGUUCCAUCAGCGGGAAUAGCUGUUCAGCUGCUAAGGAAAACAGAAAACUUUUUUCUGCCGUCUCCUGUCACAAAGAAAGACAGUGGACUUAAUCUAAACGGAAUGAUUUUCUGUUACCUUCCACUUCCAAUGCACAGCGGUCUCCCCGUACACAUAAAUGGAGCAUUUGCAGUGACUUCUAACAGACGUCAUUUACAGGAGAAACUUGAAGACGACAAAGAUUGCUAUGGAGUGAAAUGGAACACAAAGCUUAUGGAAGAUUCGAUAACGUCUGCUUACUUUACUUUACUAGAGGAUGUAAAGUCAAUUGUCCCUGGUGACGGUUCAUAUGCUUUCCAUUCAUUAUGGCCAAAAGAGUGCGAAGUACAGAAACAUUGCUCGCCUGUUCUGACAUCAUUCUACAAACAACUUGCAACUGGUUCUCACGCACUCUUCUCUGAUGGCAAUGAAUGGUUUUCGGUUAAUCAAGUCGUUUUCCUCCAUCCCAAUCUCCGCUUGGAUCCUAAAAUUGGAGACAUUUCAUUUGCUGUUUUUCAACAAUGUACCAAUGUUAUGGACAACGUAGUUGACUUGCCAGCGGAAGUCUUCCAUUCGCUUGUUCAUUGUAAACAGUGGGGUGUAAUAGAGAGCAAGACCUACGACAUCGAUCGGUUCUUUUGUGAAAUUUUCUUCCCUAAUAUUUCAGCUGUUUCUUCAAAAUUGAGAGAUGUAUUGGUUUUAUAUGCUUUGGAUCAAAACAAAAAUGAUUUGGACGAACUGUUGAAGAAUAAUAAAUGCAUUCCCGUUUCACCGAGUGGGAAAAUCCUCAAACUCCCAAAACAGUUAAUUAAUCCAACCAAACGUGCUUCUACUCUGUUUUGCCAGGAAGAUGGAAGGUUUCCAUGUAGCAACGAUGAAUUUCGAAAACCUGGUAGACUGGAAAAGUUAGAAGAUCUAGGAAUGCUUUCUGAUGAACUUCCCUGGGAAGACAUUGCAGAAAGAGCAGAAAGUAUUCCGGGGUUAAAUGCAGUUGACAAUAAGGCAGCGGUCAAACGUGUGAGGGCGUGGCUGAAACUCGUAGAAAAGAAGCUAAAGGAAAAGGACAGGGAGAGACCAACGCAUUCUGUUCUGAGUCGUCUUCUGGUCGCUCGAUUUCUGCCAGUUCUUGAAAAACCGACGUCAUUUCCAUUGCAUUGGAAGGGAAACGAAUUUCACGGCAGUCGAAAGGUUCUGGCAGCACCUAAGGACAUCUUUUUGGAGGAGAAAAAGUACCAGGUAUGUUGCACGGAGCCAAUUGUUGGCUUAGCCAUUCCAGAAAAAGUUAAAGAGCUGCUCGAUUUAGAGGAAAAGGAAAUAACUACACAUCACGCGAUGAAACAACUUGAAGUUGCCUUUUCUACGGAAAUCAGCACACUGAAUCGUAAAAGUUAUGACGAAGUAAGCCGCGUUUGCGCUGAGGCUUAUUCCUUUCUACAGGAGAAAAUGGUCAGCGGUGCAACUUCUUUUGAGAAAUUCUUCACUGAAAAAAGAUUCAUUCUUGUGGGGAAAACGUUUCUUUCUGCAAACCAAGUGGCUUUCGAAGUUAAGAAUGAUUGCUCCCCGUACCUACAGCGACUUCCAGAUCAUUUUCGCGAUGAAUUUGCUGAUUUAAUGAAGUUUGCUGGCGUGAGGGAGCAUUUCGGAAAAAAAGAUUACAUUUUUGGUCUCCAAAAAGUGAAAAGAGAUUUUGGAGAGAUGAAACUGGAUGAAAGGGCUCUACAGGUGGCAAUCAACAUGGCGAUUCAACUUUCCGAGACGUUACAAGGAUCGAAUGACGAUGAUUCAGAGCCACAGGAAAAGUGGGGCGCUCUUUAUCUUCCUGAUUUUAGAGGCAUAAUGCGUGAUGUGCAUGACCUUUGCUACAAGGACUGCCCUUGGAUGCCUGAUGAUCCAGACGAACUUUCCGUUCAUGAGAUGAUUCCCUGGUCAACCUGUGAGCAACUGGGUGUUAAAACACGCAGGGAGGGGGCUCUGCAACAUCACGAUGCUGGGUUUCCUUUUGGGCAAAAGGAAGAGCUCACAAAUCGAUUGAAACGAAUUUUGAUGGGCUACCCAGGCGAGAAAGAAAUUUUAAAAGAGCUUUUACAAAACGCUGAUGACGCACAGGCAACUGAGAUCUGCUUUAUUAAAGACCCCAGACACCACCCUGAUGAAAAAGUGUUCAGAGAAAGUUGGAAACCGGUGCAGGGUCCUGCCUUGUGUGUGUACAACAACAAACCAUUUACUACGGCUGAUAUCGAAGGGAUUUGCAAGCUUGGCGAAGGCAGCAAGGGAGAAGAUCCGAACAAAACUGGUCAAUACGGUGUUGGAUUUAAUGCUGUCUAUCACUUAACUGAUGUUCCAUCAUUUAUUUCGAAGGGUGAGGAAAUUGGUGAUGUUUUGUGCGUGUUCGACCCGCACUGCAAAUACAUUCCCGGUGCAAGUAAUGCAAAGCCUGGAAGAAUGUUUAAAGGUAUUGAAGAGUUAAGGUCAAAGUUUCCAGAUGUUUUCCCAUGUUACCUCGAGGAGCAUUUUCCCUUAGAAAAUGCAACCAUGUUCAGAUUUCCCCUUAAGUCUGAGAAAAUGGCGAAAGACUCACUAAUAUCACAAACCCCGGUCAGUAUGGAAAAACUGGAGUUUAUGAUGAAAGACUUGAAGAAAGAGCUUUUCGAAGUUCUUCUUUUUGCGAACAAUGUCAAAAAGAUUGGCGUUGCAUCGAUAGAUGAAAGUGGAAACCUCCAAAAAACCUACUGUGUUCAAGUGAGUAUGUCAAAUGAAGAUGAAAGAGAAAGGCAAGCAUUCGCUGCCUACAUAAAUAAGAUUGGAAGAGAGACGAAAGAAAAGGCCUUUCUUCCCACGAAUAUAAAGGCCAAACAGUGUACCUAUACACUAACACUGCAAGACAACUUCGGUAAGAAGGAGAAGUGGUUAAUCGUCCAACAGGUUGGCUUAGAGAAGCGCGUGAAAGAGAGUAUCAACGUUGCCUUUAAGGACGGUAAUCUCGGGAUGCUUCCUCGGGGUGGUGUGGCUUGCCUUUUAGAUUACAACACGGCAGAGGUGAGAGGAAAAAAGAAAGCUUACUGUUUCCUUCCACUUCCAUUUGAAACUGACCUGCCUGUUCACAUAAAUGGUCACUUUGCGUUGGACCACGAGGCCAGACGAAGUUUAUGGAGGGAUGAAGCUGGAGGUUAUAGGAGCGACUGGAACAAUGCUUUGUUGUGCGAUGUCAUUGCUUCCUGUUAUCUCACCCUGCUUCACAAAGUGCGUGGAUUCCUCCACCUGCCAUUUGUUCAAAACCGUGCCACUCGCAAUGGCACUUUCAACAGAGGUGAAAUCUUAAAGAGAUUAACUUCUUACGAAAACCUGUUUCCAGUCUCUCCCAUAGAAGAACCUUACUGGAGGACGCUGGUUAAUUCAGUAUUCCAAGAAAUAAACACUAAUGGAAUCCGCUUGCUUCCGUUAGUGAGACCGGUAAAGACACGAUCAAGUAGCCGUGCAAAAGUUUCUGAUUCUGAAAAAGUUCAAGUCACUUGGUUGCCGCCCACUGGUGCUGGCAAGGAGCAAGCCUUCUUCAAUGAUCUCGACGAGAAUGGUUGUUUUGCAUCAUUGCCACCAAAACGUUCCGAAGGCGAGGAAGAACAGAAAAGAAGACAAGAGUACAGAAUUGGAACAAAGACCAAAUUUGAAGAAACUUUGCUGGAAACUGGUUUCAAUCUGCUCGCCUUCUCCUUAAAGGUUUAUCAUGCAUUUAGCAGAGCAGGAGUGCCGGUUCGUUGUAUCUCUCCUUUAGCCGUUUUAGACUUCUACAAGUCAAUUUGUGAUCCAGAUCUGCAUGGUGAUAUCGGUGUAAUUCCAUGUGAUGUAAGCAACACGCCAUUCAAGGAUCAAGGAGGGGUGAUUCGUGUCCUAAAGUAUUGCAGAGAUGAUGAGCAUUUUUUGGAAAAACUUCCUGAUCUCCCAUUACUUCUCACCCAAGACAACGUUUUAAGACGGUUCAGCGAAAGUGAUCGCCGAUGUUUGAGCCAGUAUGCAGACAUUUUGCCAUUAACCCCAUCUCUUUUUGUGAACACGGCGGUUCGUAGUGAAGUAUUCGGUGCUAUUGAUUGUGGAGAAAUUUCUGUGUUCCAGCCCUUUGAUGUCAAUUUGUUUGCUUCACAAUUAACAAAACAUUUGCCUGAAGAUAUCUAUAGGCGAUACUAUUCCGUAAGGUGGCGUCCUGAUAGCCAGGGUGACACUCUGCCUAAUCACCGCUGGAUUUAUAGAGUAUGGGAGUUUUUACGUCAAUUUACUAACGAUGUUAUAAAGAAAACAGACGCAGAAAAGGAGAAGAAAACUAUAUUCAUUCGAAACCUCCUGUCGCCACUCUCUAGUUGGAAUAUUCUUCCAGCAACAGAAAUAAUCCAGCCAGAAAUCCUCCAAAGGCAGCACCCUGUGAUGCACAGCGAACAAAAACUUGCAGAUCAGAUUUUGGUGCCCUUGAAGAAAGCCGAAACUGUUUUAGAUUUUACUUACUGCGGUGAAUCUAGCACUAGGCUGGUAGAGGCUUUGCGGAAUUUGGGCUUGCCAGAGCUUAACAAAUCUGUAAUGCUAGCCAGGAGUGCUGAUUCAGUACCUUACAUCAAACCGGAGUCAUAUGAAUUCGCACAUAGUCUCGUAGCCACCCUCAAGUCGCCCCAUUCUCUUAUCCUAGUUCUUAAAGAGAAGCUUGAGAUGGAUCUUUCUUCUUUUGACGGAAAAUUAACGCUUUCAGAUGCUAUAGGUAUUCUCGAAUACUUUAGCCGUAACAUCGAGAGCCUGGACACGGUUGAUCAGGAAACUUUGAGGAAACUGCCAUUUUAUCCAACAGCAACUGGCAAUCUUGCAAAGAUCAAAGAUAGAAACGUUUUUCUUCUUCCUGGAAUCCCCAAGGACGAGAUGAAUGUUGUUGAAUCCAGACUUCAUUGUCUGUUUUUGGACCCUCUUACCAGCUUGUCAAAAAUUUUUGAGUUUUUACAACUGCAGCAUUUACCUCCGGUAGAAGUCUACUUAAAGUUUGUCUUAAAAUGUUUUAAGCACCUGUCCGUCAAGGGUAAGUUGGCACAUCUCCGAUAUCUUCGUCAACUCAUUUUAUUUCCAGUAAAGACAGGAAGUAAGGGUGAGGAGCGUGAUGACAGAAGAUUGCUUGACUGUUUAACAACAGUGGAAUUCAUUCCGUCAAUAGGCGGUAUCAUGAAAACCGCAUCCAACUUCUACGACCCUGACAACGAAGUUUUCCGUGCAAUGUUAACCAAAGACAGGUUUCCUCCAGAUCCUUUUGGUUCGGAAGAAUGGCUGCCCUUCUUGAAGAAGAUAGGUCUGAUUGAAGAAGUGUCUGAAGACCAAUUUUACAGAUUUGCAAUCCAAGUUUCACAGGAAGCUGAAAUAGCACGAACUGAGGAGACACACAGGAGGUCUGAGGUACUGGUGCGCCACCUCUUCUCUCGGCAUAAUGUGGUCGAGGAAUUUCUUUUGAACCGUGUAUGUGACGUUCGCUUUGUUGCAGGAGGCCAAGUCAAAGAAUCUCUGCGGUCACUCUGCACACGAUUUGGAGAUAGCCAAACUCCAUUUAUCGCAUUUAAAGGUGCAGUUGUUAGUGAACAUGAGGACAUCGUUUGGUCAAAAGCUCCUUUGCUACCAAAGUCAGCAGACCCAAGAUUACAUCGCUAUGAGCUUGCACUUGGCUGUCCUAACAGAAAUGUUGACCAGUAUCUAAAUGAUCUCUUCUCCAAACUGAAAAUUCUGAAGAAGCCGCCUGUUGAUCUUGUUGUUAGUCACUGCAAAACAAUCUGCCUCCACCUUGAAAGCAGAGACGAUAAAGAAAACGCAUCAAACGAACACUUUUCUGCGAUAACGCGGGUUAUGGAAAGUAUAUACAAAUUUCUACAGGAGAACGCGAUCGACGAUCUUAGAGCAAAGAGCUCCCUUCAAACUACUCGUUGCAUUUUGAUUGAAAAGGGCAAGAGAUUCAUUCUACCAAGUCAAGCAGUCCUUGAUCUGUACGAAAAAGAUGAGAUAAAACCCUUCCUUUAUGGAGUGCCGCCAGAAUUUGGCAAGUUUCGAGAGCUGUUUGAGUUCCUUGGAUGUUCCAAGUAUGCACGACCCACCCACUACGCCAUGGUCCUCGAGAUGUUGCAGAAGGGUUGUAAGGAUAGCAGACUUAAUCCAAAUGAAGUUCGUAUAUGCUCUAAGGCUGUAAAAGGGUUUUUCGAUACGUUGCAGGAAGAAGAAGAGAACAUCUCUUUACCCUCUAAAUUGUACUUACCAGCCAUGCCCCCGGGAUGUGCUUCUCCAAAUUUUUUUCCCAGUAUCAUCCCUGUUACUCUCCACCAAGCAACAGAUCUUAUAUUUGAUGAUUCUCCUACUUACAGCAAUCGAAUCCGGGGGCUUCAGAAACGUUUUGUGCUUGAGCUAAGCCUGAUGAAUGUAAGCUGUAAAUCAACGAUGGUCAACUUUAAAGACCUGAUGAUGAAAUUGCCUUCGGAUGUACAGCCUAAGAUGCUUUCUUCUGUGGUCAAAGAGAGACUAAGCCGUCCUGAGAAAGCCGUCAAAGUGACAGAUGGUGCUGUAAACCAACUGAAACGUCAACUUUCGACUGUGCAGUUUGGUCGAGGAAUUGCUAGGAUAAUAAGAGAUGUCAAUUCUCAUAAAAAGGAUUUUAACGAAAGUGUCAUUGCAGGCAUCGAAAAAGGUCUACGAAGCAUUGAUCUCUGUGCUGUAAAAUUUCUGGAAACAUCCCUUUUUUACAAUGGAGUUCUGAUUCCGGGAAGUACAGCUGAGGUUCCCUCUUUCGAGGAAAAGCUGGUGUUGUCUGACGAAGAGAUACGAAGAGUAGUAUACAUUAAUACCAAAUCUGGAAUGGAUGACCCCUUGUCCACCGCAUCUUUGGUUACUAACGUAAUGGUCGAAAUGUACGGGGAGUCUCUGGGAAAGAAGGCAUUUGUCAUUUCUGAUAUGUUGCGUUAUCCUCCUUCAAAAAUUUGGUCACUCCUAGACAGAAUGGGGAUUCGAAAAGAUGACAGCUAUGUGGCAGCCGAAAUGGAUAUCUAUCCAGAACCAGGAACCCUGAUUCCAAUCGAGGACCAUCAUUUGCUUAAUGACGCCUUCGAGUUAUUUGAGCCGGACGAAUACGUAGGCUGUCAGCUGGACGACCCUGGUCUGCACCUGAAUUCCACGUUCAUCUACGCAAUUAUCAUCGACGAGGUGAGUAAUGAGGACGCAGAUCUCCUGACGAAGAAGUACAAAAUUCACAUUGGACACGACAAAGAACCAGCAGUAGUUAAAUCUAACAAACUGUAUAAAUUCCACUGCUUAAAUGACAUAUUUGAACAGCAACUAAAUUGUUGCCAAAACAGACAAGAGGUCCUAAAUGAGGUCACUGAUCUACUAAAGAAAUCAUGGGAACUGCCACAAGAGGAAAAGCUCCAAAUUAUCAAGCGUCUUUGUCUACGGUGGCAUCCAGAGAAGAAUUUAGGCAAUGAGGAAUUCUACAGAGCAGUUCUCCAGCACAUUAAGAAGGAGGUUUCACGGCUUGGAGGUUCUUACGACGACUUGUUUGCUUUUUGUGAAGCACGUGCAAGGGAACAUGGCUCACAGCGAAAAGGAUACAGAGAACGGUUUUCUGAGAGGUUCGGUUCCUGGGGGUCCUCACCUAGUCACAGAUCAAAGAAAAGUGUUCCUCCAAGCCUUUGCGAAAGGAAUCCCCAACCUGAAGAAGCCAAGCGAUGGUUUAGACAAGCUGAAGCUGACCUCGAGGCUGGUGCAAAUGAACUUGCCUUUACCAGCCCUUCCUUUGAGUGGGCAUGCUUUAAAUGCCAUCAGGUAAGAAGCUGA